AUGCCUCGGGAGGUUUCUCACACAGUUGCGACACUCUUUCCCUGUCAGGCCAUUAUCGUUUUGCUCCUCGUACAGUCCGGAUUGUUAGCACAGCCGCGAAGUCACUCUCCGGACGCCCAGGCGGGAAGGCCGGGUAUCCGGCUCCGGCCCACUCCGCGCCCAGGCUCCGAGGCCGAGAGCGCUUGGAGCAGGAUGAAGGCUUCGAACAGCGUCCGGCCCUACUCCCUCACCCUGAGUGACGACCAUUACCGUUACUCACCGAGACCAAAGCACCUUGACUCGAAGAGGCUCCGGAAGCUCCUCGGUCCCGCCUUCGACCCUUUCUGGAUGUCGGUUACGGGUCGCCAUAGAAACGAGAGCGAGCGUGACGACCUGUUGCAGCUGAGCAGCGAGCUCGCGGCCGCAGCACUGCGGCUGCGCGGGAAGCUCUGGCAGGAGGCACGGCGGUUGGAACCGGCCGGCAUGGCCAGCGAGGCUGCUAAAGCCCAGUGGAGGCGCUGGAUGGUGCGGGAGGCCAGCUGUCCCCUCACGUCCUGGUGGGUGGACCUGGGGGCCGUCUUCUGGCCGAGGUGGGUAAGGCACACCGACUGCGACAGGGGCCGGGCCAGCUGCUCCUGGCCCCCGGGCAUGAGUUGCUCACAAGCCGAGUGGAUGCACAUCAAGCUGCUGGUGUGGCACUGCUGGACCGUGAAGGAGCGAGUGAGAGCAUCGCAGCAGUGCACCUGGAGGCAGGUACCAUACCCUGUAGUGACCGCUUGCAAGUGCUCCUGUCGGUGAAGCCAUCCUGCUGGCUGUUCAUCCCCUGCCCCCACCCCUCAUCCUUUUCAAACACCGUGCAGAACCCAGCCAGGGCUAUCUCCCAGCUCUCAAACUACAGUUAGAUCAGGGAACUAUGUAAUCUUGUCUUCGAGAUGAUCAGAGGGUCACUGGACAGAAACUUAUGUUUUACUUCUCAGUCCACAACAAGGGAAGAUGGUAGGAUCUUAAAAUUCCAGCCAGGCCAUUCGGGGGUGAUGCCCAGAAGCAUUCUUUACACAGAGAAAUCUAGAACCCUUCCUCUACUAAAAUGUUGUCGAGGGUGGAGCCUCUAUUGAACAUUUCUAAAUUGGAAUGGGUAGAUUUUUAUUAGGCAAGGGGGUCAGGGGUUACAGAACCAAGGUGCUUUGAUGGAGUUAUGACACAGAUUAGCCAUGGUCUAGUUCAAUGCCAGAAUAGGCUCAAAGGGCUGAACAGCCUCCUCUUAUUCCGAUAUUCCAAAUGAGGCAAAUUGGCUCAUCUUUAUGCUCUGUGCAAGUGUGACACCGCUCCCCUUUUCAGCAUCCAAUUGAGGCAGUUGAGGGUAGUUAUAAUGUAAUUGUACCAGUUGUGCCCUGCAAUGAAUUCAUUCCUGAGCAGGGAUGGGGCAGGGUAUGGAGGGCCCGGGGAAGGAGAAUGUGAGGCGACGGCUGAGCUACACUAGGCUGCUUGCACUGAGAAGUCCUCAUCUCGGCUAAAGGCAGUUGUAAACUCUGGCAAACUCCUGCGUCCUGUGCUGAGGUUAUAGUGAAUGAGCUGUGGAACCAUGUGAUCAUGGGAACAUACAAAUCAGGAAUAGGAAUAGGCCAUUCAGGCCUGUUCUGCCAUUCAGUAAGACCGUAGCUGAUCUGAUUGUGGCCUUAACUCCAUAUUCCUGUCUGCUCCACCUGAUAGCCAUCAACCCCCUGACCAGUCAAGCAUCUAUAUGCCUUUGCUUUAAAAAUAUUCAAUGCUCCCACCUCCGCAACCCUCUGGGGAAGAGAGUUCCAAAGAUCCAAAACCCUCUGUGAGAAGAAGUUCUUCUAAGCUCCGUGUUAAAGGGGAGGCCCCUGAUUUUUAAUCUGUGCUCCCUAGUUUUAGUCUUUCUCUAUCAGAGAAACAUACUCUCACCAUCCACCCUGAGAGUUCCCUCCAGACCUUAUGUUUCAAUAAGAUGGAGUGAACCCCUCUCCCACCAUAUCUCUGCACAAAAACAAAGUUGCUGGAAAAGCCCAGCUGGUCUAGCAGCAUCUGUGAUGAAAAAACAGAGUUAACAUUUCGGGUCCGGUGACCCUUCCAGCUUUUCCAGCAACUCUGUUUUUGUUCCUGAUUUACAGCAUCCGCAGUUCUUUCAGUUUUUAUAUCGUAUCUCUGCACCUGCCUUCCCCAAAUAGAGGAGUGCUGACUGGAAUUAGUUUUCUUGCUUUAUCUUCAAUAUUGUAUGGGUGAGGCAGCCAAUCCAGGCAGUUACAGGAUUUGUUUGAGAUCAGUUGGUGCCAAGUUUUCUGCCUUUUGUUAUUCAUUAAUGGAUUAUUGCACUCCUAAUUGCCAAGAGGGUAGUUAAGAGUCAACCACAUUGCUGUGGGUCUGGAGUCACAUGUAAGCCAUACCAUGUAAGGACAAGAACAGAAA